AUGAUUAAUGCAGUUAUCAAGUAUAAUAAGAUUCAAAUCAUCAUAUGGGUAUAUGAAGCCUCAGCGUUCCAAGAACAACAUAGUUCUAGUGGAUCUAUGGCAUCAGUUCUUAGACCAAUCAAGACAAGCACAAGAAGUUUGGACACAAGCCCAACAGCAGUGACUGCUUCGACUUUCUAUUGGAGAAAUAGCAUUCCUUCAAAGCUGGCUACUCUAAAAGACACAGGAAACUCAAAGAAAGCAGUGAACAUCAAGAAAGCUACCAGUUCUACUUCCAAUGUACAUUUUUGGCCAGUUACACCUAAAACUACAUUGUCCAGAAUACUCUCUGAAAUGACAGGGAAGAGCACUGGUUCUCCAUCCAUGACCACAUCUAAUUAUACCAGGACUGAGAAAUAUAAUGGAGCUGCAUUAAAUAGUACUCUUCUGUCAGACACAUCUACCAUUCUAACUAUGCCAGAAACUAACAUAACUGAGAUGAUUUCAACGACAAAACCUACUUCUAAUCUUACUGAAGUGCCCUUUACUAAUUCUGUUCUUGUAUCCAGAACAGAAUCUAACAGCAAUUCCUAUCCAACCACUAAUCAGCCAAUCAAACCAGAAGAAACCUACACUGGAAUGUCUACUGGACCCCCAAAAUCCAUAAUCAGCAAAGAAAUUACCACUAAUAAGACAGAACAUUUUGUGGUGACCCCAAAUGUGAUUGUAUUUCAUGGUAUACCAGCAACUACAUCAGGAUCAGGAAUGCACUCCAGUGACUCUCAGAAUUAUUCAUUGUUAGAGACAUUUACAGACUCAUCACUACUAGAAGAAAUCAGCUCUAAAAGUUUCAGGGAUAGUACAGUCAGAACAAAUUCUUCAUCACCAAUUAGUUUCACAUCACAAAGACAUCUACCUAUUACUCAUAACACUACCAAACAAGGUUGGACCACAGCUCGAAUACGAUCUAGCACACUUGAAAAAAUGGAUUCAAUCACACAAUACAGUCCAAACCAUACUGAAGUGCCUGUGAAUCUCUCUUUCCUUGAACCGUCAACAAAAGACAUAUCUCCUGGAACCAUAUCUUUUACAACACUACAUGAAUCAAUAUCAGAAGAUACUUCUUUAGGAAUCACCAUUGGGAUCCCUAGUUCCAACAUCACUGCAAAAUCACAAUUGACAAAUAGCAACACUGGACACUCUCUGGUGACAUCAAGCAUGGUGACUUCUAAAAAUCCAUCAACCUCUGCCUCAAUCAAGGUCACUAACUCCAGUAGGGUGAAUACAUUUUCAAAUGCAGAAGCCAGGGAUCCUCCUAAAAAUAUUGCUUCAGAACCAUGGACAUCUACUCCUUGGGAUGACUUUUUGUUUGCAGAUGCCAUAACAAUGCCACAUGGGUCACAUUCACCUUCUGCUAUUUCUUCCAUGAUAGGCAUACACAAUACAUCAUCUACUGGUUCUAUGGCCUAUAUCAUCACAGUUUCUAAAGACAUAAUCCCAGCAGACUUGCGCACAAGCUCAGGACAUGUGACUUCCUCAAUCCCAAGCUUGAAUAGAAGUCCUCAGAAGAGUUUCAACAUUGAACAAGUUUCCAAAAUUUCACAGGUGACCACUGUUUCUUCAGUCACAAAAGGAAACAAGAAAAAUGGGAGUUCAGCACCCCAAUUCAAACAAACCAUUACCCCUAUACCUAUCUUAUCUGAACAUGAAUAUUUCACAAUUCUAGUCAGUUCAGAAGGCACCACACUUUCACCUCCACAGUCAAUGUCCUUUGCCACAGAAGAGAUUGAAAAACAGACAGCUUCCUCCUUUAUCAAAGCACAGAAAAAUUCCAGUAAAUUGGAAGAUGGGCAUCAAACAAAACAACACACAAUUAGCCAGACUAAUGUAUCUACUACUCCUUCUCUUCUCACAUCUGUGAAAAAAGGGAUAUCUGCUGGCAGAACAUUCCUUUCUGAGUUAUAUCACUCAACAUCAGAGAACACUUCCCCUGGAAUCUCCACUAAGUACUCAAGAUCUAAAACCACUACAGAGUCAGAAGAGACUACAAGCAGCCACAGGAAAAAUUCUGUGGUGAUGUCAAACAUGGUAACUUCUAAAGACAUAUCAAUCAUGACUUCAAACAUAGAGACCCAAUACAGUGGGACACAGACAUUUGCACUUUCAGAAUUCAUGAUUAAGUCUACCAACAUCAACCCUACAACCACGUCCAGGACUCAUUUACUUUUGGAAGAGUCAAUGUCUACAAGUUCAACAAGACCUACAACUGGAACCUCAUAUUCUCCAGUUCCUGCCAAUGUAGGCAGGUACAGCACCACGUCUCUUGAAUCUGUCACUUCCAUCUUCACAAUUCCUAAGGUCCCAAUCCCUACUGGAUUAUAUAUGACCUCCAAAUCAGUGACCCCUAAUAUACCAAACACCAACAGUGCCCAACUCUCAAAAAUCUCAGAGAGAAUCUCUGUUUCCUCACUUACACCAGUGGAAGACAUGAAAGAUAACACUUACAAACAAACCAUCACACCUACAUCAGUCUCACUUGAAAAUGAGCCUUUGACAACCAUUCUGUCAACCAUGGAACAAAAUAGACUUUCACCUUCACAGUCAGUCUCAUUUGAAAGUACAGAGAUUGUGACAGGUACAUCUUUCCCCUUGAGGACAGCAUGGACAGAUUUCAGUACAGCUGAAGACAUAAAUGCAACCACAGAAUAUAGCACUAGCCAUAGUGAACUUUCCACUAGCCCUUCUCCAUUUGAAUCUACGAUAGGACUCAUAUUUGCUGACAGCAUAUCCCUUUCAGAUUUUCAGUCAACAUCAGAAGAUACUUCCCCUGGAACCCCCAUCAGUCUCCCUACCUCCACUAUCAGUUCAGAAUCAGAAGAGAUGAAAAGUAGACCCAUGGGACAUUCUACAGUUAUCUCAGACAUUUUGACUUAUCCAGAAACAUUAAGCACUGCCUUAGUAAAGGAUACUUACUCCACUGGGACACAUACAUUUCCACUUCCAGAAUCCAUGGCUCCUAUCAACAAUUCUUCUUCAGCAUCAUGGACACUGACUCCUGAGGAAAGGUCCAUGUCUACUGAUUCCAAAAAAACACAAGGGUCACUUUCACUGACCCCUGAUACACAGUUGUCACACAGUCAUAGUAGUCGUACUCCUGAAUCUGUUGUCUCUUUGUUCACAAUUGCUAAGGAUUCAAUCCCAACAGAUUCAUACUCAAGUUCGGGUUCUGUGACUUAUAUUCCAAGCUGGAGAAGCAUCUCUCAGCCACUCCAACACGGUUCAUGCUUGUCCCUGACAUUUUCCUCAGUCACACCAUGGUCCAACAUGGGAAUCAGGCAUUCUGUACCUGAAUUCCAAUAUACCAUCACAUCUGUUUCAGUGCCAUCUGAAAAGAAAACUUUCCCCACUACCUUGCCUAUUAAAGAAGUAUCCGUACUUUCACCUACACAAUCAAAAUCAUAUAAAAAUACAAAUAUUAGCUCACAGCCAGUUACCCUCCUGACCACAUUAACACAAGCUAAUAUAUCUGAGAAGGUACACACAAGUACAGAUUUCAUUAGAAGCCCUUCUGAAGAGACUAAUAGUUCCUCUACUCUGGUAUCAAGUAUAACAUUCAUGUCUCCUAAUAACACAAUACUCCCAAUGCUUCAGUAUUUUACAUCAGAGCAUACCAAGUUUACAUCAGAAUAUAUGACCAGUGGAAUUUUCACCAAGUUUUAUGGCUCCAACACCAUGCCAGAAAUAGAAGAAAUGUCUACCAGCCAGAUUAGAAAUUCUAAUGUGACCUCAAACAUUGCCCUUUCCCGAGAAACACCAACCACGUCAUCAGAGUCAGCCCCUAAAAUCACAGAGACAUCCACAUUUCUAAGCCAAAGGUAUGAAGUCCCAUCAAUUGGAACUUUUUCAACUUUAAAAGGAAGUCUACUUGGCAAUUUUCCAGGAUAUCUUGAUAAAUCUUCCUUAAUAUCCUCUGUUACUUCUACAGGAGAAAACGGCACCCCCUCUCCUAGUUCUCUUGUCUCAGUCUUAACCUCUUCUAAGGAGACAAUCACAGCCAGGUUGGAUAAACAGUUAGAUAAUUUGUCUACUUCAUUUCGGAAUUGGACCACUCGUACACAUUCAAACCAAGAGACUUCCCAGGUUAGCAAAUUUUCACAGACAAGGCCUACUUCCUCUGUUAAAUCAGAAUUAAUUAUGGAAGUCAGCAGUUCCGUACUCCAAUCCAAAUUCUCCAUUUCAGAAUCCAUUAGAGCUGGUAGAAUCCCCACAAGAAGCCCUCUUUACUCUUCAGAAUCAGAAGAUAUUACUCUUAGAAGCAUCUCCGGACUCAUUACCUACCCUAGCAAAGAAGAAGACAUAGAGUUAAGCUCCAUCUUUGGGGUAGUUAAUUCUGUGUCUUUAUUAAAUGAUACCCUAUCCAGGGAUACUCUAAUCACUGUUCCUAUGACAGAAUUUUCUUCAUCUGAGCCUAAAACAUCUCCACAUUUAUCAUGGAUAACUGAAUCUAGCACUUUUGGGGAACAGUUGCAAACAAGUUCUUUAUCCAAGGGAAAACACACCACUAUAGAUUCCAUACCUGCUAUGAUUGAGAAAACUACAUUUUCACCUGUUACUUCUACCUCUCAAGGACAAAAUGUCUCCUCCCUUGAUUUUGUGGCUACACUAGUAACUUCUAUUCAAGAGGCAAUCUCAAAUGAAAAAGAUACUAGUAUAAUAUCUGGGAGCACCUCAAUUCAAAGCCUGGAUACUACAGGGCAUUCAACUCCAGGUUCUUCAUAUAACAUGAAAACCUUGCAGACCAGUCACGUUACCUCAAAAUCUCCAGCAACAAGAGUGGAAACUGAUAGUCCUGGAAUGCAUUCCCAAGGCACUGUGUUAAUUAAUUCAGUUCCAUCAAGAAUAGCUGAAAUGACCUCACAAAGCAUUUGGGACACAAUAAUUUCCCCAUCAAUGCCCUUAUUUAAUGGUGCACAUUCAGAAACUCAGAAAACUUACCCCAUAACUUCAAUAAAACAGGAAACUACCGUGUCUGAAGAUAUUGACUUGACAAAACAUAGUUCUGGUCUUUUUACAGUGUCUACUAACACUGACCCUGGAAUUUCAAGAAAAGAAGCUAACUCAACUGAUAGAUCAUCCAUUUCAAGCUCUGUAUCCUUUGCAAAGACAACAGACAUCUCAAUGGGAAAUGCCUCCAGUAGCUCUACUCUUUACUUUCCAAGCACUGACAUCAGUCAGGUAGUUAAUGUUGAGGAAUCAUUCAACAUCUCCACUCUUUUGAACACAUCAGAUCCUACAGCUGACACUGAGGUAUUCUCUGCUAUAACUCAGACAUUUUUAUAUUCAGACUCAAUCUCUCAUCCCAGCAGUUCUGAGUUACUCUCAUGGACAGACUCUCCACUCCAGGAAGCAACUUCCUUCAUGAAGUCUAUAGAAACUAUACCUGGGACAGCAUCACUGUCUCCUGCUAUUUCUCUAUCAGAAGGACAAGGGCUCUUUUUUCCCUCUUCUGGGGAAUCAACUACAGAUGAGUUGCACACAAACUUAGCUUCCUUUACAACUUCAUUUCCAAGCUGGAGCAGCAGUGAGCUAGUCACCUCAAAGGACACCAGAAUCUCACAAACAUCUUACAGUCCCACCAGAACUGAAGUAACCACUGUGGACAUAACCACUUCUGGAUAUCAGGCCCAAUACACUGUAUCAUCUGAGACUCUUUCAUCUAGUAGUACUGCCUCUUCCUUGUUGACAGCACCAACCAAGACUACUACUUCUGCUUCCUCUUUAUCACCACAGAGCUCAAACUCCACUUCUUUUCCUAAGGCUUCAUUGCCCACUUCUGAAUUGUUUAAAACAACAGAUAUAUUGAAUAGAAGCUUGAAAAUAGGAGUGAGUUUGCCUCCAAAUUUGAGCAGCACAUCACUUGAAAUCCUGGAUUUAUCUGAAGUUUCUACUGAUAAAGAAAAUCAUAAUUUUCCCUCAAGUUUCACAGUAACCAAUAUGAAUACCAUUAGUGUGGGACAUGAACUAAGCUCCUCUGUUUCAAUGGCCUCUGAGUCAUCUAGAGACAGCAAUAAAAUGAGCACUCUUCCCUCUAUAUGGGUGACUACUAUGUCCACAUCAUUGCCUAGCCAUUUAGAAACACCAAGAUCUAAUACUGAGCCACUUUUCCAUUUGACUUCUGGAUUGCAGGAUACUAGCAUAUCCCUACAAACAAACAAACCUCUGGCUCCUGUGUCCACUCUCCUUUUGCCAAGUUCUGAGACUGAUGUCACAUCUACUAUGAAUAUAUCAGCCCCAUAUCAGAGUCCAUCUUCAGAGUUUACUAAAGUUUCAGCAGAAACAGUUACUAGUUUAAAGACUUCAUCUAUUCUAGAGUCUACUGGGAUAACAUCCUUCCCAGUAUACAAUUUUACUAUGCCUUCACAAGAAAGUAUCCUUGUUCCAAGAACUGAUAUACUACCUUCAGCUGAGACCACAUUGAUUGAUACAACACUUUCUCCCACAGAGGAGAUGACUUUAAUUGCCACAACCAGUAAUCCAACAUCCAGUUCACCUGUGACUUCCAAGAAUUCCCAUUCUAUAAUACACUCAAGCCAUUUGGUAGCCACCCUUGUAAAAAAAUUAUCUUCUUCAAUUUCAAAACCAUUGCCCUAUCCUGCUUCCAGUACUACUGACUCUACAGCCAGCCCAUCCCCCCAUGAGAUUACUACUCCUUCAGAAAUGGAAAAUGGUAUGCAAUAUCACACAGAGGUAUCUAAUGAAGCUGCCCUUGAAGACACUGCAGGCCUGGACAAGGGUCCUCUGGCUUCCAUAUCACCUGCUAACCAUAAAGAACUGGAUCUUUGUCUAAUGGUCACUAUGUAGAAACCAGUGUAUACCAGUAUUCUUAUAACAUGCUCAACAAUCUUCAGUGCAGACAACAAAAUAAGUACCACCAUUUCCACAUAUCUAACCACAGAAGAAGCAGAAAAAGCAGAGACCACUGCCACAGCUUUGAAGGUCACUUCCAUUUUCAAUUCAAACACCAAAAUGUCAACUGCAAAUUCAAGACCCUCGACUCACCUCAAGACAUCAGAGAAAACAACCAACAUCAACACAACAGAGAUGAUUAUUACAGCCUCAGAUGCUUCGAGUACACCAGAAAUGAUGAUAUCCCCCACACCUAUUACUUCUGAAAUACAUUCCACAGUUUCACUCUUCACUCAUGUUGGAGAACAAGACAAUAUUGUCAUGUCUUCUCUGACAGUAUCUCCAAGUAUAACAGAAUUCACAGCUACCCAGCAAACUCACACUGAUACAGAAAGCCAUACAGAGACAUCAGCUCUCAAUGUUUCUACAGGUCAAGCAGAAUCAACAACUACAUGGCUCACCCAGUCAGCAAAAAAAGAGACUACACGGGUUCUUUCUACAACAUCACCUACUGUUUCAGACGUGAUGACAUCAGCAACUCUAUACAACACUUCUUCUGGUACACAGACCAUAACAUCAUUCAUCAGCAAUGAUGGGGAACAGUCCAGUUUACCUACAUCUACUCAGGGCAUCUCUCCAGGUAAAACAAAAGGGACAGCAUCAUUAUUCACUGACUUAAACACAGAAAGCUAUUCAAUGACUUCAACUAUGCCUGUAUAUUCAGGUCAACCAGACACUAGGACACUAUGGGACACUCAUUCUGAAAUAGAAGUCACUGCAGGGGAUUUAGCUACCACCAUUUCAUCUAGUGUUCUAGAAAUGACGACUUCAAAGACUACUGUUCUUACAGAACCACAUACUAUAAUUCCAUCCAUCUCCCAUGUUGUAGAACAACACAGUCCAGUCAUGUCUACUCUGCCUGUCUCUACAGGUAUAAAAGAAAUCAUACCUUCACAAGGAACUCAUCCUGAUACAGAAAGCUAUUCACUGACUUCAGCUCUAAAUGUUUCGGCAGGUCAAGCAGAAUCAACAACUACAUGGCUCAACCAAACAGCAAAAAGAGAGACUUCAGGGAUUCUUUCUAGAACAAUGUCACCUACUGUUCCAGACAGGAUGACAUCAGCACUUCUAAACAACACUUCUCCUAGUACACAGACCAUAACAUCACUCAUCAGCCAUGAUGGGGAACAGCCCAGUUUAUCUAUGUCUACUCAGGGCAUCUCUGCAGCUAUGACAAAAGGGACAGCAUCAUUAUUCACUGCCUUAAACACCAAAAGUUAUGCAAUGACUUCAAAUAUGCCCACAUCUUCAGGUCAAGCAGAGUCCAGGACACCAUGGGACACAAAUUCUGAAAUGAAAGCUACUUCAGGGACCUUAUCUAACACCAUUUCAUAUAAUGUUCCAGAAAUGAAGAUCUUACCAACUGUUCUUCCUUCAGAAAUACAUUCUACAAAAGUUCCAUUAGUCACCGAAGUUGUGGGACAACACAGUUCAGUAAUGUCUUCUCUCCCUUUCUCUCCAGGUAGAACAGAAAGCAUACGAUCACUGAAAACUAGUUCUGGUACAGAAUACUAUUCAGUCACUUCUACCCUGGAUAUGUCUAUAGAUCAAGCAGGAUCCACCACCCCAUGGGGCACACAUACUGGAAGAGAAAAUAAUUUAGAGGGUAUAUCUACAAUAAUUUCAACCACUGCUCCAGAGAUGAUGACUUCAAUAAGUAAGAAUCAAGCUUCUUCUGAAACACAGACCAUAACAUCAUUCAUCAGCCAUGCUGCAGGGCAGCCGAGUUUAUCUGGGUCUACUCAGGGAAUCUCUUCUGGGACAAAAGAAAUGACACCAUCACUAUUCACAGACUUAGACACAGACAGCAAUGCAAUGACUUCAACUAUGCCUGCUUCUUCAGGUCAAGUAGAGAAUAGGACACCAUUGGGCACUACCUCUGAAAUGGAAGCUACUUCUGGGACCUUAUCUACCACCAUUUCGUAUACUGUUCCAGAAAUGAUGACCCCAGCAACUUUUCUUCCUUCAGAACCAUAUACUACAGUUCCAUUAGUCAACCAUGUUGUGGGACAACCCAGUUCAGUCAUGUCUACUCUGACUUUCUCUCCAGGUAGAACAGAAAGUAUUCCAUCACUGGAAAUUAGCUCUCAUACAGAAAAUUAUUCAGUGACUUCUACCCUGGAUAUGUCUAUAGAUCAAGCAGGAUCCACAAACCCAUGGGGCACCCAUACGGGAAGAGAAGGCACUUCAGGUACUCCAUCUUCAAUCAUCUCAACCAGUGCUAAAGAGAUGAUGUCUUCAAUACCUAAGAAUCAAACUUCUUCUGAAACACAGACCAUAACAUCAUUCAUCAGUCAUGAUGAUGGACAGCCCAGUUUAUCCCUGUCUACUCAGGGAAUCUCUCCUGGGAGAGAAGAAGUGAUACCAUCAUUAUUCACAGACUUAGGCCCAGACAGCAAUGUAAUGACUUCAGCUAUGCCUGCUUCUUCAGGUCAAGCAGAAUCUAGAACACCAUGGGACACUACCUCUGAAAUGAAAUCUACUUCUGGGACCUUAUCCACCACCAUUUCAUAUACUGUUCCAGAAAUGAUGACCUCAGCAACUUUUCUCCCUUCAGAAACACAUACUACAAAUCCAAUAGUCACCUAUCUUUUGGGACAACCCAGUUCAGUCAUGUCUACUCUCCCUUUAUCUCCAAGUAGAACAGAAAGUAUGCCAUCACUGGACACUAGCUCUCAUACAGAAAACUAUUCAGUGACCUCUACCUUGGAUAUGUCUAUAGAUCAAGCAGGAUCCACAAACCCAUGGAACACCCACACUGACAAAGGAAGCACUUCAGGAACUCUAUCUUCAAUCAUCUCAACCAGUGCUCCUGAGAUGAUGUCUUCAAUACCUAAGAAUCAAACUUCUUAUGAAACACAGACCAUAACAUCCCUCAUCAGUCAUGAUGAUGGACAGGCCAGUUUAUCCAUGUAUACUAAAGGAAUCUCUCCUGGGAUAAAAGAAACGACACCAUCACUAUUCACAGACUUAGGCCCACACAGUAAUGUAAUGACUUCAGCUAUGCUUGCUUCUUCAGGUCAAGCAGAAUCUAGAACACCAUGGGACCCUACCUCUGAAAUGAAAGGUACUUCUGGGACCUUAUCCACCACCAUUUCCUAUAGUGUUCCAGAAAUGACAACCUCAGCAACUAUUCUUCCUUCAGAACCACAUUCAACAAUUCCAAUAGUCACCCAUGUCGUGGGACAACCCAGUUCAGUCAAGUCUACUCUCCCUUUCUCUCCAAGUAGAACAGAAAGUAUCCCAUCAUUGGUCAAUAGCUCUCAUACAGAAAACUAUUCAGUGACCUCUACCUUUGAUAUGUCUAUAGAUCAAGCAGAAUCCACAAAUCCAUGGAACACCCACACUGACAAAGGAAGCAUUUCAGGAAAUCUAUCUUCAAUCAUCUCAACCAGUGCUCCUGAGAUGAUGUCUUCAAUACCUAAGAAUCAAACUUCUUCUGAAACACAGACCAUAACAUCACUCAUCAGUCAUGAUGAUGGACAGCCCAGUUUAUCCAUAUCUACUCAGGGAAUCCCUCCUGGGACAAAAGAAAUGACACCAUCACCAUUCACAGACUUAAGCCCAUACAGCUAUGCAAUGACUUCCACUCUGCCUGCUUCUUCAGGUCAAGCAGACUCUAGCACACCAUGGGACACUAAUUCUGAAAUGAAAGUGACUUCUGGGACCUUAUCCACCACCAUUUCAUACACUGUUUCAGAAAUGACGACCUCAGCAACUUUUCUUCCUUCAGAACUACAUACUACAAUUCCAAUAGUCACCCAUGUCGUGGGACAGCCCAGUUCAUUCAUUUCUACUCUUCCUUUCUCUCCUACUAGAAAAGAAAGUAUGCCAUCACUAGUCAUGAGUUCUCAUACAGAAAUCUAUUCAGUGACCUCUACCCAGGAUAUGUCUAUAGAUCAAGCAGGAUCCACAACCCCAUGGGGCACCCACACUGAAAAAGAAAGUACUUCAGGAACUCUACCUUCAAUCAUCUCAACCAGUGCUCCAGAGAUGAUGUCUUCAAUACCUAAGAAUCAAACUUCUGCAACACAGACCAUAACAUCAUUCAUCAGUCAUGAUGAUGGACAGCCCAGUUUAUCCGUUUCAACUAAGGGAAUCUCUCCUGGGAUAAAAGAAAUGACACCAUCAUCAUUCACAGACUUAGGUACAGGAAGCUAUGCAAUGGCUUCAACUUUGCCUGCUUCUUCAGGUCAAGCAGACUCUAGCACACCAUGGUACACUAAUUCUGAAAUGAAAGUGACUUCUGGGACCUUAUCUACCACCAUUUCAAAUACUGUUCCACAAAUGAUGACCUCAGACACUUUUCUUCCUUCAGAACCACAUACUACAGUUCCAUUAGCCACCCGUGUUGUGGGACAACCCAGUUCAGUCAUGUCUACUCUCCCUUUAUCUCCAAGUAGAACAGAAAGUAUGCCACCACUGGUCAUGAGCUCUUAUACAGAAAACUAUUCAAUGACAUCUACAUUGGAUAUGUCUAUAGAUCAAGCAGGAUCCACAACCCCAUGGGGCACUCACACUGAAAAAGAAAGCAUUUCAGGAACUCUAUCUUUAAUCAUCUCAACUAGUGCUCCAGACAAGAUGACGUCAAUAACUAAGAAUCAAACUUCUUCUGAAACACAGACCAUAACAACAUUCAUCAGUCAUGAUGAUGGACAGCCCAGUUUAUCCGUGUCUACUCAGGGAAUCUCUCCUGAGACAAAAGAAAUGACACCAUCACCAUUCACAGACUUAAGCCCAGACAGCUAUGCAAUGGCUUCCACUUUGCCUGCUUCUUCAGUUCUAGCAGUGACUAGGGGACCAUGGGACACUGCCUCUGAAAUGAAAGGUACUUUUGGGACCUUAUCCACCACCAUUUCCUAUAGUGUUCCAGAAAUGACAACCUCAGCAACUAUUCUUCCUUCAGAACCACAUUCAACAAUUCCAAUAGUCACCCAUGCCGUGGGACAGCCCAGUUCGGUCAUGUCUACUUUCCCUUUACCUCCAAGUAGAACAGAAAGUAUGCCAUCACUGGUCACGAGCUCUCAUACAGAAAACUAUUCAGUGACCUCUACUUUAGAGAUGUCUAUAGAUCAAGCAGGAUCCACAACUGCAUGGGCCACCCACACUGAAAAAGAAAGCACUUCAGGAACUCUAUCUUCAAUCAUCUCAACUAGUGCUCCAGACAGGAUGACUUCAAUACCUAAGAAUCAAACUUCUUCUGAAACACAGACCAUAUCAUCAUUCAUCAACCAUGAUGAGGGACAGCCCAUUUUAUCCAUGUCAACUCCCGGUAUUUCUCCCUUGAUAACAGAAGUGACACAAUCACUAUUCACCGACUUAGGUACAGACAGCUAUGCAAUGACUUCAACUUUGCCUACUUCUUCAGGUCAAGCACACUCUAGCACACCAUGGGACACUAAUUCUGAAAUGAAAACCACUUCUGCAACCUUAUCUACCACCAUUUUAUCUACUCUGCCAGAAAUGAUGACCUCAGCAACUCUUAUUCCUUCUGAACCACAUUCUACAGUUCCAUUACUCACCCAUGAUGAGGGACAACCCAGUUCAGUUUUGUCUACUGUAUUGAUCUCUCCAGGUAUAAAAGAAGUAAUGUCAUCACUAGUCACUAGCUCUGCCACAGAAACCAAUUCAGUGACUUACAAUAUGGAUAUUUCUACAGAACAACCAGGAUUCACAACACCUUGGGGCACUCAUUCUGGAAAAGAAAGCACUUCAGAAACUCUAUCUACAACUAAUCUCAACUAGUGCUCCAAACAGAUGACUUCAAUAACUCAGAAUCACUUUUCUUCCGAUACGCAAACCACAGAAUCUUUGAACACCCAUGGUGGAGGAUAUCACAGUUUAUUGCCAUCAAGUCCGAAUAUCAUUUCAGAUAUAACACGAGUGACACCAGAACUAUUUACAGCCUUGAGCACUGAAAGCUAUACAGUGACUUCUAUUCUGCCUGCAUCCCCAGAUCAAGGAGAGACUACUGCACAAUUGCUAAACCAACCUGGAAAAGAAUCCCCUUCAGUGGUUCUACCUACCACCAUUUCAACCAGUGUUUCAGAAGUGAUGACCUCACCUCUUUCUGAACUUCAUACCGUAGAUUCAUUAGUCACUCAUACUGGGGGACAGCUGAGUUCAUCCAUGUCUAAUUUUACUGUCUCUCCUGGUAUUACAGAAAUUAUAUCAUUACAGGACACUAGUUCUGUCACUGAAAGUCAUUCAGUGACAUCAGUUCUGGCUCUUUCCUCAAGUCCAUUGGCAACUACAAGCCCAUGGGAAACCCAUCCCAGUAGAGAAGCGAUUUCAGAGACUCUUACUAUAAACACCUCACCUAGUGCUAUAGACUCAAUGACAUCAAAAUCUAAAAUUCAUUCUUCUUCUGAAACACAGUCCAUAAUAUCAAUGGUCACCCAUGGUGAGGUACAACCAAGUAUGUCUGUGUCUACUCAGGCUAUCUCACCGAGUAGAACAGAAGUGACACAAUUACUAUUCACUGACUUAGGCACAGGAAAGUAUUCAAUAGCUUCUACUCUACCUGCCUCAUUAGGUCAAACAAAGACAAGAGCUCCAUCAGUCACUAAUCUUGAAACAGAAACCACUUCAGGAGCCCUAUCUACCAUUAUUUCAACUGCUGCUUCAGAAAUGAUGACCUCAUCAAAUGUUAGUCCACAUAGUACAGCUUCAUUAGUCUCUCAUGUUGGGGAACAACCCAGUUCAACCAUAUCUACUUUGCCUGCCUCUCCAGAUAUAACAGAAAUCAUACCAUCACUAGUCACUCACCCUGGCACAACAAGCCAUAUAGUAUCUUCAACUCUGGACAUUUCCCCAGGUCAAGCAGAAUCCACAGCUCCAUGGGUCACCCACUCUGGGAAUGAAGGGUAUUCAGGAGUUCUUUCUACAACCAUCUUAUCUAGUGUUCCAGGCAUGAUGACAUCAAAAACUCAGAACCAUACUUCUUUUGAUACACAGACCAUAACAUCUUUCAUCACCCAUGCUGAGGAGCAGGACAGUUUAUCUUUGUCUACUCAGAGUGUCUCUCCAAGUAUAACAGAAGUGACAUCAUCACUAUUUACUGAGUUGCCCACAGAAAAAUCUGCAUUGCCAUCAACUCUGCCUGUUUCUAUAUUUCCACCUGGGAGUAAAACCACAUCAGUCACCCAUCCUGAAAGAGAAGUCACCUCAGGGUCUUCUACCAUCAUAACAGCUAAUGUUCCAGACAUGAUAUCAUCACCAACUCUUAUUCCUUCUGAUCUACAUACUAUAGUUUCAUUAGUCACCCAUGUUGCAGAACAGCCUAGUUCAGCAAUGUCUAUUCUGCCUGUCUCUCCAAGUACUACAGAAACUAUAUCACCACUAGUCACUCACUCUGGCACAGAAAGCCAUUCAGUAACUUCAACUCUGGCUGUUUCCUCAAGUCAAUCAGAGACCACGCCCCAAUGGAUCACCCAUACCAGGCAUGAAGGGACUUCAGGGACUCUGUCUACAACCAUCUCUUCUAGUAUUCCAGAUAUUAUGACCUCAACAAGUUUAAACCAAACUCUUUCUAAAUCACAGACCGUAAAAUCAUUGUUCACACAUGUUGGUGACCAACCCAGCUUAAACAUGACCACCAUGGCAUUUUCUCCAAGUAUACCAAAAUUGACAACAUCACUGAGUACAAAAUUCAGCACAGAAAGUCACCCUACCACUGUGGCUUUGUCUUCAAGUCUAUCAAAAACUACAGCCUCUUUGGUGACUCCUCAAAUGGAAUCCACUUUAAGUUUUCUAACUACUACCAUUCCACCUACUAUUCUAGACAUGAUAACACCACUAUCCCUUCUUACUUCUGAACUACACACCACAAUUUCACUGGCCACACCUCUUGAGGGACAACCUACUUCAUCCACAUCUACUAUGGCCAUUUCUUCUGGUGUAACAGAAAAGAUACCAUUACUAGUAACUAAUUCUACCACAGAAAUCUAUUCAGUAUCUUCAACUCUGGAUACUUCUCCAGGUUUAGAGAGUCCUGACUCAAUGGUCACCACUCCUAAAAUAGAAGCCACCUCAAAUAUUCUAAGUACAGACAUCUCACCUAGUGUUCCAGAUUUGAUGGCCUCGCCAACUCAUAUUCCUUUUGAACCACAUGCUACAUUGUCAUUAGCAACCUAUGUUGGGGAACAAUCCAGUUCAAGUAUUUCUACUCUGACAUAUUUUCCUGGUAUAAAAAAUAUAAUGACACCACUGGCCACUACCUCUUUGGUAGAGCCACAUACAACUGUUCCAACUCUGUCUGUUCCUGCAGAUCAAAGGGAGACCACAGCCUUGUCAGUCACCCAUUCUGGAAAAGAAGACAUGUCAACAGUUUCCAGUCCAUCUACUUUACCUGGGGAUCCAGAAAGAACUGAAACAUGGGUUAUACUUUCUGCCAAGACCAGCACCCCACACCCCACAACAACUUUCCCAUUUUCUUAUAGUGAUACCACUUCCUCAGCAUCUGAGGUAGAGACCAGUUCAGUCACAACUCUAUUAUCUGGUGCUUCUGAAGAAGCUACCUCUCUCUCUGUCCACACUGGGACUAUGACAAGUACAACCACUCUAACUGUAAACCCUUCAUCUAUUUUACCAGGAAGCACAGGCUUAUGGCCUUCCAGUCCUUCCACAGAAUAUACUCUGACUGUGUCCUCUCUUCUCCCUGGGUUUUCUGACCAUCCUACAACUAGUAAAUCUAGUACUGCAACUUCACAGAACAUAGAAAUGUCACCAUCUCUCAGUACAAUUAGACAUUCAGAUUUUGUCAGUGAUGUCAUAAGCCCCACCGUAACCUUAUUACCAUCAGAAUCUUCAACACAUGCAUUAACUGACCUGGAAACCACAAAUGAAGCCACUCAUUCAGCUACCACAAAUUCAAGACCCAUUGAGGCUAAGACUACAACUACACUACAUGGAAGUUCAUUUGCCCUUCUGACCACAAGUAGAACAUCCACAUUGUCCCCUGAGAAUGUGACUACAAGGCCAACUACAAGUCCAUCUCUGGUUCACUUUACCCUCAAUUUCACUAUAACCAACCUGCACCAUUCAGAGGGCAUGGGAUCUCAAGGGUCUGAAAUAUUCAACAACACAGAGAGGAUCUUGAAUCACCUGCUAAAGCCCAUGUUCAAGAUUAGCAGUAUUGGAUCCCUUUAUUCUCGAUGUAGACUGAUCUCAUUGAGGCCUGAGAAAGAUGGAACAGCUACUGGAGUGGAUGCUGUUUGUACUCUCCACUCUGAUCCCUUGGGCCUUCAGCUGGACAGAGAGAAGCUGUACUGGGAACUGAGCAAUAACACCCAGGGUGGCACCAAGCUAGGAUCCUUCACUUUAGAAAAGGACAGUCUGUAUAUAAAUGGUUUUACAUAUAAAAGAAUCUCUGCUUCCACUCUCAACACUCCGGUGACCUCCUCUCUGUUUCUCAUGGAGACCUCCACUGCAAAACCUAUCCUCUCUACUGGGCCAGGCUCUUCUCUGGUUCCUUUCACCAUCAACUUCACCAUCACUAACCUCAAGUAUGAGGAGGGUAUGAAUUACCCUGGAUCCUGGAAGUACAAUGCCACUGAGAGAAUUCUACAAAGACUGCUGCGGCCUUUGUUCAAUAAAACCAGUAUCGGUCUCCUAUAUUCUGACUGCAAACUAGCAUUGCUCAGACCUGAGAAAGAUGGAGCAGGCACAGGAGUAGAUGCCAUCUGCACUCACCACGCAGACCCAACUGGACCUGGGCUGAACAAUGAACGGGUAUUCCGGGAAUUGAGCAAUCUGACCAAUGAUGUCACUCAGCUGGGCCCUUACACCUUAGACAAGAACAGCCUUUACCUCAAUGGUUAUACACAACAGAUCCUGUCCAGCACAUCUACACCUACAAGCCCAUCUCUGCUUCACUUCACCCUCAAUUUCACUAUAACGAACCUGCACCAUACAGAGGGCAUGGGAUCUCAAGGGUCUGAAAUAUUCAACAACACAGAGAGGAUCUUGAAUCGCCUGCUCAAGCCCAUAUUCAAGAAUAGCAGUAUUGGACAUCUUUAUUCUGGCUGCAGACUGAUCUCACUAAGACCUGAGAAAGAGGAAACAGCCACUGGAGUAGAUGCUGUUUGUACUCUCCAUUCUGAUACCUUGGGCCUUCAGCUGGACAGAGAGAAGCUAUACUGGGAACUGAGUCAUAACACUCAGAGUGUCACUAAACUAGGAUCCUUCACUUUAGAAAAGAACAGUCUGUACAUCAAUGGUUUUACAUAUAUGAGAACCUCUGCUUCCACUCUCAACACUCCAGUGACCUCCUCUAUGUUUUUCACUGAGACAUCCACUGCAAAACCUAUCUUCUCUACAGUGUCAUACUCUCCUCUGGUGCCUUUCACCAUCAACUUCACCAUCACCAACCUCAAGUAUGAGGAGGGCAUGAGUCACCCUGGGUCCUGGAAGUUCAAUGCCACUGAGAGAAUCCUACAAAGACUGCUGCGGCCUUUGUUAAAUAAAACUAGUAUCAGCCUCCUGUUUUCUGACUGCAAACUGGCAUUGCUCAGACCUGAGAAAGAUGGAACAGCAACAGCCACAGGAAUAGAUGCCAUCUGCACUUACCAUGCAGAUCCAACCGCACCAGGUCUGGACAAUGAACGGGUAUUCCGGGAAUUGAGCAAUCUGACCAAUGAUGUCACUCAGCUGGGCCCUUACACCUUAGACAAGAACAGCCUUUACAUCAAUGGUUAUACACAGCAGAUCCUGUCCAGCACAUCCACAUCAGCAGGUCCUGUCCUGGAGCAUUUUACUAUCAACUUCACCAUCAUUAACUUAAAGUUUGAGGAAGACAUGCGCAACCCUGGAUCCAGAAAGUUCAAUAUCACUCAAAGAACUCUGCAGAGCCUGCUGAGGACAUUGUUCAAAAAAUCCAGUAUUGGAGCCCUGUAUUCUAGCUGCAGACUAUCCUUGCUCAGACCUGAAAAUGAUGGUACAGGCACAGGAGUGGAUGCUGUCUGCACUCACUACCCUGAUCCCACUGGCCUUGGAUUGGACAGAAAGAUGGUGUAUUGGGAGAUCAGCAGGCUGACCUAUGGUGUCAACAGGUUGGGCCCUUACACCUUGGAUGAGAAAAGUCUCUAUGUUGAUGGCUACACACAUCAGAUUGUGGCUACCACUACACAGACAUCUAUGAUGACCAUUGCUUCUAUGGGGAUGAUAAGCAAUUCUUCCAGUCCUACAGCAGGCCCUGUGCUGGUGCCAUUUACCAUCAACUUCACUGUCACUAAUCUGGAGUAUGUGGAGGAUAUGGGUCAUCCUGGAUCCAGGAAGUUCAACGCCACUGAGAGAGUCCUGCAGAAACUGCUCAGAGCACUGUUCAGUAAAACCAGUAUCAGCUCCCUGUACUCUGGAUGCAGAUUGACUUUGCUCAGGCUUGAGCACAAUGGGACAGCUACAGGAAUAGAUGCCGUCUGCACCUACCACUCCAACGUUUCUAAUCAAGGGCUGGACAGAGAACGUUUAUACGGGGAGCUGAAAAGACUAAACAUCAUGGAGUUAGGACCCUAUACCCUGGACCAAAACAGACUCUAUGUCAAUGGUUAUACACAGAAGAUUCUGGCUACCACCUACAGGCCUUCAGUAUUGGCAACUGUUUCUGAAGGAACACCGAACAUUUCUUCUACACCAACAGCAGCCAGCCCUGUCCUGGUGCCUUUCACCAUCAACUUUACAAUCACUAACCUGGAGUUUGAGAAGGAUAUGGGUUACCCUGGAUCUAGGAAGUUCAAUAUCACUGAGAGAACCCUACAAAGCUUGCUCAGGCUCUUGUUCAACAAAACCAGUGUUGGUCGAUUGUAUUCGGGCUGUAGGCUGGCCUUGCUCAGGCCAGAGAAAAAUAGGGCAGCUACAGGGGUGGAUGUCAUUUGUACCUAUCACCUUAUCCCUUCUGGCAACAAGCUAGUAAGUGAACAUAUAUAUGGAGAGCUGAGCAGUCUGACCCAGGGUGUCACCCAGCUGGGUCCCUAUACCCUGGACCAGAACAGUCUCUAUGUCAAUGGUUACACAAACCAUAUUCUGGCUACCACCCCCAGAGCCUCAAGCUCUGCUCUGCAGCUGUGCACUCUUAACUUCACCAUCACUAACCUACCCUAUUUGAAUGACAUGUGGGUCCCAGGAUCUGCCAAGUUCAAUAAAGUGGAGAAAAUCCUGAAGCUCCUGCUCAAACCACUGUUUCAAAAUGCCACUGCUGGUCCCCUGGACUCUGGUUGCAGACUGACUUCACUCAGGCCUAAAGAGGAUGGAGAGGCCACCAGAGUAGACAUGGUCUGCACUUACCAUCCAAACUCCACAGGCACUGCUCUGGACAGCAAGCAAUUAUACUUGGAACUAGAACAGCUCACCCACAACAUUACUCACCUAGGUCCCUAUACCCUGGACCAAAAUAGUUUCUAUGUCAAUGGUUACACACUCCAGACUGCAGUAACCAGCCCUAGCAAAUCAUCCUUGGAGUUAUUUACCUUCAAUUUCACCAUCACCAACCUUCUGUACACAAAGAACAUGCAACCUGCAGGAUCCAAGAAGUUUAACACCAUAGAGAAGAUCCUGCAAGGCCUGCUUGGGCCCUUGUUCAAGAACACCAGUAUAGGGCCUUUAUAUGCUGGCUGCAGACUGACUUGGCUAAGUUCCAGGAAGGAUGGUAAAGCCACUGGAAUAGACACAGUUUGCACCUAUUACCCUGACCACAUGGGUCAUGGGCUGGCCACAGAACAACUUUACUUGGAACUGAGCAAUCUGACCCAUGGUGUCACUCAACUGGGCCCCUACACUCUGGAUCAGGACAGUCUCUAUGUUAAUGGUUACAUAUAUUCAGCUUCAGGGAUCGUCCUUAAUACUUCCUCUCUGGCUCCAUCCUCUACAAACAAUUCCACAGACAAUGGUACUGUAAUGGUACCCAUCACUCUCAACUUUACCAUAACCAACUUACACUAUACCGAGGAGAUGGGACAUCCAGGUUCCUUGAAGUUCAACUCUACUAAGUGGAUCUUACAUUAUUGGCUUGGUACCUUGCUCAAUAAGACCAGCAUUGCCCCAGGCUACUCUGGAUGCAGGUUGUCUUCACUCAGAUCUGAAAAUCAUAGAGCAACCACAGGAGUUGACAUCAUCUGUAACUUCCAUUCUUACUCCAUGAGUCCUAGAGUAAACCAAGAUCAGCUAUUUUGGGAGUUGAGCCAUGGGACACAUGGCAUCACCCGUCUGGGCCCCUAUACCCUGGAUCAGGACAGUCUCUACAUAAAUGGUUAUAGUUUUGGAGCUGCAACCCUUAAUACCACCACUGGGGAACUCAGUGAAGAGUUGUUCACAGUGAAUUUCACCAUCAACAACCUACGCUACUCAGCUGAUAUGAGCCAGAUUGGAUCCCCCAAAUUCAAUAUCACAGAUACACUCAUGCAACACCUGCUCAGUUCUUUGUUUCAGAGGAGCAGCCUUGGCCCCCUAUACACAGGCUGUAGAGUGGACACUCUAAAGUCAGUAAAGAAUGGUGCCCAGACCCAGGUAGAUGUCCUUUGCACUUAUCACCGAGUUUUCAACAGUCGGAGACUGCCUGCCAAGUCAAUUUUCUAUGACCUAAGCUGGCAGACACAUGGAAUCACCAAGCUGGGUCCUUACUCCUUGGAUAAAGACAGCCUUUUCAUCAAUGGUUACAAUGAACUUGGUCCAGAUGUACCUCCUACAACUCCAGAGCCAGCCACCACCAUUUUACCCUCCUCAACAUCAUCUCGGCAACCAGAGUCCAACACAGCUAUGUGGCACAACCUGGAAACCUUCACAAUCAACUUCACCAUCUCCAACGUUCCAUAUUCAACAGACAUGAUCAGUGGCUCAGCCAUGUUCAACUCCACUGAGAAUGUCUUACAACACCUGCUUGGACCCUUGUUCCAAAAUGACUCCUUCAACUCAAGUUGCAGACUGACCUCCCUCAGGCCUGAGAAGAAUGGAACAUCCACAGGUGUGGUUACCACCUGCACCUACCAGCAUGACCCUGCACAUGCUGGAAUGGACACCCAGGGUCUGUACUCAGAACUUAGCCAUCUGAGCCAUGGAUUCACCCAGCUGGGAAACUAUACACUGGAGGAACAUAGCCUCUAUGUGAAUGGUUAUCACGUUCUUGGUCCAGACAUUCUUACUACGACUCCUGAGCCAAGCACCACCAUCCUGCCUUUUACACUGACAUCUGUGCAGCCAGAAUCCACCACAGCUAGAGAACACCAUCUGGAGAUCUUCACAAUAAACUUCACCAUCUCUAAUCUUCCAUAUUCGGCAGACAUGGACUAUAGCUCAGCCUUGUUCAACUCUACUGAGAGUACUCUGCAGCACAUGCUUAGACCCUUGUUCCAGAAUAUCUCCUUCAACUCCAGCUGCAAACUGGCCUCCCUAAGGCCUAGGAAGAACCAAAACUCAACUCGUGUGAACAUUAUUUGCUCCUACCAAAAUGAUUCUGCACAUCCUUCACUGAACAUACAGGAGCUGUAUUCAGAGCUGAGCCAUCUGACCCAUGGAUUCACUCAACUGGGAAACUACACAUUGGAUAAAGAUAGUCUCUAUGUGAAUGGUUACAAUGAAACUGGUACAAAAGAACCAACCAUAAAUCCUGACACAGCCACUACUCUGCUCACUUCUUCAUCAACAUUUGUGCAAACAGAAUCCACUACAGUUGUGGGGCACCAUUUGAAGACUGUAACAGUCAGCUUAACUAUUUCCAAUCUUCCGUAUUCAGCACAUAUGAACAAUGACUCAGCUGUGUUCAACUCCACUGAGACUGUUCUGAAGCACCUGCUUGAACCCUUGCUCUGUAAUGUCUCUUUCAACUCCAGUUGCAGACUGGAUUCUCUGAGGCCUGAGAAAAAUGGAACAGCUACUGCUGUGGAAGCUAUCUGCACCUACUUUCAUGAUCCUGCAAACCCUGGGAUUGACACCCAGGAACUGUACACAGAGCUGAGUCAUUUUACAUAUGGAAUCACCCAGCUAGGCAACUAUACACUGGACAAUGAAAGUCUACAGGUCAAUGGCUAUAGUGAAACUCAUCCAGAAGAAUCUUCUACAACUCCUGAGCCAGCCACUACUCUGCAACCUUCUCCAUCUACAUCUUUGCAUCCAGAACCUACCACAGAGCAUCAUCUCAAGAUCCUUACAAUCAACUUUACUAUAUCCAAUCUUCCGUAUUCAUCAAAUAUGAGCGAUGGCUCAGCUAUGUUCAGCUCAACUGAGAGCAUUGUGCAGCAACUGCUUGGUCACUUGUUCCAAAAUGGCUCCUUCAACUCAAGUUGCAGACUGGAUUCCCUUAGGUCUAAGAAGAAUGGAACAGCCACUGGUGUGGAUGUCAUGUGUACCUACCACCGUGAUCCUGCACAUCCUGAGAUGGAUAUCCAAGGGCUGUACUUAGAGAUGAACAAUCUAACUCAUGGAUUCACUCAGCUCGGCAACUACUCAUUGGACAAGAAUAGUCUAUAUAUCAAUGGUCAUAAUGACCACAGUACAGAAGAACUUUAUACAGCUGCAGAGUCACCUACCACCAUCCUGCCUUCUCCAUCAACAUUUGUGCAGGGAGAACCCACAAUGCCCAUGGGAUAUUUGAAGACCUUCACACUCAAUUUCACCAUCUCCAACCUCCCAUACUCAGCAGACAUGAGUACUGGCUCAGCUACAUUCAAUUCCACUGAGAGGAUCCUGCAGUAUCUGGUUAGACCCUUGGUCCAGAAUGAAUCCCUCUAUUCACAUUGCAGACUGACUUCCCUCAGGCCUAAGAAGAAUGGAACAGCCACUGGGGUGAAUGCUAUCUGUUCCUACCACCAUAGCCCUGAACAUCCUGAGCUUGACACUCAGGAGUUGUUUACAAAGCUGACUCAGCUCACCCAAGGAGUCACCCAGCUUGGCAGCUACAUGUUGGACCAGCAUAGUCUCUAUGUCAAUGGUUACACUCACCAGACUGCAGAAAUUACCCCUAGUGGCUAUGUACCGCUGAAUGUAACCAUACAGGGCAAGUACCAGAUAAACUUCUGCAUCAUUAACUGGAAGCUUAACAACACAGAUCCAACAUCUUCAGAAUAUAUCAUGCUAGAGAGGGACAUCGAAGAUAAGGUCACCACACUCUAUACAAGUAGCCAGCUAAAAGAAGUUUUCCUGUCUUGCCUGGUCACAAACAUGACGUCUGGCUCCACAGUGGUCACUAUUGAGGCAUUGUUCUCCUCUUAUCUGGAUCCGAACCUUGUAAAGCAAAUCUUCUUGAAUAAGACAUUGAAUGCUUCCUCCUUCUGGCUGGGUGCCACCUACCAGUUGACAGAUCUGCAUGUGAUAGACAUGAAGACAUCCAUCCUUCUGCCAACAGAAAUACCAACAACCAGCUCCAAUGCUCAACAUUUCAACCUGAAUUUCACCAUCACCAACCUACCCUAUUCUCAAGACAUAGCCCAGCCAGGCACCACCAAACACCAGCAAAGCAAAAGAAGUAUUGAAUAUGCGCUCAAUCAGCUUUUCAGAAACAGCAGCAUCAAGAGUUACUUUUCUGACUGUCAAGUUUUAGCCUUCAGGUCUGUCUCCAACAACAACCACACAGGGGUAGAUUCCCUAUGUAACUUCUCACCAUUGGCUCGGCGAGUGGACAGAGUUGCUAUAUAUGAGGAAUUCCUUCGGAUGACACAAAAUGGUACCCAGCUGCUGAACUUCACAUUGGACAGGAAGAGUGUCUUUGUGGAUGGGUAUUCUCAAAACAGAGAUGAUGAUGUGAUGAAGAAUUCUGGUCUUCCUUUCUGGGCUAUCAUUCUCAUCUGCUUGGCGGUACUACUGGUACUCAUCACAUGCCUGAUGUGCUGUUUCCUGGUGACCAUCUGCAGGAAGAAGAAGGAAGGAGACUACCAAGUUCAACGUCACCGCCUAGCUUAUUAUUUGUCUCACCUAGACCUGAGGAAGCUCCAAUAA